UGAGCGCGCCGCGCGUUCUCGCGGUCUUCUGCGUGAACGAGCCUGCAUUGUCCGUGACAACUGGCUCUCAUCUCCUCCGAGUGCCAAAACAAAUGCGGGGAUACACACACGGGAACAAGAUGUCAGGGAUGAAUCGGGUGCUUGCAGCGUGCUGGACUUGCCUCCUGCUCUCUGCUUUCCUGUGCGAGCCCGUUCUGUCCAAGGGCGGUCGUGGAGGCUCCCGGGGCUCCUCCAGGGGGUCCCCCUCCCGCAGCUCCACGGCGGGGAACUACAGAGGGGCAGGCACAUACGGUGGGACCCGCUCCCGCUUCAGGGCGGCAGGGCGGUCGUCCCCUGUGAGGGUGGCGGCGGCAGCAGCAGCGGGGGCGGCGGUGGCGUUAACAGCGGAUAAAUGGUACGCCUCUGCCUACCGCCGCAGCAACGCAGACAACUCAGAGGAAGAGCUGGAUUACUACAACAGGACCAAUUACUUUGAUGCACUCAUGUCAGGCUCACCUCAAAGGGGAUUUUCUCUCCCUCAGAUGGUUUCUAUCAUUGUUGCGACAUUUUCCCCCAAAUAUGGACUCUUACUGGACAGUAUACUGUAGGAGGUGUUCACGGUCAUUUUUAGGAUGAAUUCAUGAUUCAGUCUAGGGCUGAGCUUCUGCAUUGGAUCUGAUUAAAAUGUGCAGGACUGGCUGGAACCUGCACUGUGAGGACCAGUUAGAGGUGCAACACAGGGGUGGAAAUAGUGUUGUGACCGAGGAUUAUUUUCACUGUUGAUUAAUCUGUUGAUCAUUUUCUCAAUUCACUGAUCAGCUGUUAAGUCUCUAAAAUGUCAGAAAAUGGUGAAAAAUGUUGAUCAAGUCCAAGAUGACACCUUCAGGUUUCUCAUCUUGUUCACAACCCAAAGCUCUUCAGUUUACUGUCAUUAACAGGUGAAGAAACCAGAGAAUGUUCAUGUUCAGAAAGCUGGAAUCAGAGAAUUUAGCCUUCUUUAUCUAAAAGAAUGACUUGAAACGAUUAAUCAAUAAUGAAAAUAGUUGGAAUUUAAUUUAAUAGUUGACAGCUGAUCGAUUAAUCAUUGCAGCUCUAGGUGGAAAGUGACAACUGUUAUAAAAAAAAACAUCACUGUACUGUAUGUUUUUACGCAUAUAAUCUUCUAUACCAAUGGACAAAUGUACAUAACCAGCACAGUAUUCAGUGUGACAUUUCACCUCUCAGAGAGUGCUUUUCAUCAAAGACAAAACUCAAGAAGAACCAGAGUUAGUUUCCUUCCUUAAAGCCUGAAUCCCGUAUCUUAAAUGAAGAAAAUUAUGUGUCGGAAAAAUUUCACCAGCCCUUCAGGACGAAAUCAAACCACUGGCUGCCAAUCGUAACUGCACUGCCAAACUCAGUUGUCUCUCAAAAAUCUAUAUUUUCAUAACGUGCACCACAAACGUGAGGUGAAUGAUCAGUGCUACUGCUCAGCACAACUGAGGUCAACUGUUUGUAUUAAAUUAUUGUGUUUUCGCUUCUUGACGGUAAAAGCACGCGGCUGGCACCAGCAUUAUUCUGAACCUGAGUUGAAAACUGCCAAGUCACUUGAAAAAAAAAAACAGGGAAAAAAAAAGAAAUCCAUUAGACUUUUUGCUUUUAGAAAGGAAAAUAAGCCGUUCUUGUUUUAUACUCCAUCCUUUCAGUGUGACCUUAUUUCAGACUUGAUUUAAAGAUUCUGCUCAGUGAUCCGAAUGAUUUUAACGCCGGCUGUGAAAACGAUUUUCUACAAAAAGACGGUGCAAAUGAGAGUAUUUGUUUAUUGCUCAAGCUAAACUGCAUUUCCAACGAUCAUCUCAAAAUUGUCUGUGCAAUUUUAUAAACUUGACAUGUGUGAAAUGUGAUUCUCAGACCUGUGUUAUGGGAGGGACACUCGAAAACAAACUGCUGCUCUCACUGUUAUUCAUGUCUGUGAAGGUUUUAAGGGUCUGCCUGCCAUCCUAGAAAAGCUUUUUACCUGCAGUAGACACUCAGGAGCAACAGACUGUUCCAUAUUUAUAAGUGCACUCUAUUAUAUACUACACCACUUAUGUACAUAUGAAAUUAAGAGUUUGUGGUCAAUGUCUUUAUGCUAAUAAAUAUCCUGUUUACACCCUGCCA